AUCGAACGAUCUUCCCAAAUUUAACCCCUCCUUGGCGUAGGACGGAGUCACUGCCAAAGUUUUUACGGAGUUAGGGAACUGUUAAGGAAAGCGAAUCCAGGCUGUCCCUCAAGAGAUGGUACUUAUGACCGAACAACCGGACAGAGACCUAACUCCGUUAUCUACGCCAGAACAAGUUGUAAAGUCUGUCAAACCGGUCAGAAAAGAUCCGAGAGGGAUCCAAUCGACGUCGGAGGCAGCGAAUGGAGGAGAGGACAGGCCCAGGAGGAGUGCCAGUGGGAGGUCUGCUGGGGACACUCAGGUGUCAAUGGACACUGAGUCAGACCUCUCGGAGAGCAGGAAGAAACCGCCCCUCAUGAAAUUUAAGGCUGUGGAGCUGCCUUCCCCAAUGCAAACUCCAAGUGACGGUGAAACUAAGUUUGAAGGAAGAAAGAAAUCCCAGUCCAGCCAGAUAUCCAAGACAAAUGCCCAGUACCAUAAAAUAUUCAAAGAAAUCAGCAAGGAUGAGUUACUGAAACAAAGUUACACCUGUGCACUGCAGAAAGACAUGCUGUAUCAGGGCAAAAUGUUUGUGUCUGAUAACUGGAUAUGUUUCCACUCCAAAGUCUUCGGCAGAGAUACUAAGAUUGCUAUUCCUGUACUCUCUGUGACUCUUAUCAAGAAGACAAAAACUGCCAUUUUGGUUCCAAAUGCACUCGUUAUCACAUCCACAAACAAGCGGCACGUAUUUGCAUCAUUCCUAUCCCGAGAUACAACCUAUAAACUUCUGAAAUCCGUCUGCGUUCAUCUGGAUGGGGACAAUACAGGGAGCAGCCUCAUUACUUCCUCUGCUGAGAACAGCUUCAUAGCCGAUUGUCCCUCCUCACUUCCUCUGGAUUUCUCUGGAGACUUCUCAGACCUGGAUGGGGUUGUGUGCCAGAGGAGGCAAGACAUGCUGGAGACCAGCAGCUCAGGCUCCCAGACCCCAGACUAUGAGAAAAUGACGGAGUUCCCCAGCAUCCCAGACACGUUCCUGAGCGCAGUGAAGAAUGGAGAGGUGGCGGUGCACGCAGACAUCCACCUCCAGACCCCCAACCAAAAACAUGGAGCCGCUCACCAGAACGGGCCGACCAAGCCUGCCCAGGGUGUUGUACACAAAGUGAAAUCGCUACAGCCAGUGUCAUUGAACACCCUUCUACUCGUCUAUUUGUUCCUAGUUAGUGUCCUUGUCUUGUCUUCGUGUUACAUGGCCUUCAAGAUUGUGGCUCUUGAGAAGCGGCUGAACUCGUUGAGUUCCGUGGGGGAGUAUGCACACAACGAAAACGUUGUGCAUCAUAGAUCGCAGGUCGACUUCAAUGCCGAAAUUUAUGGGGAGCUGUCUACAAACCUGUUCAAGCUAGAAAAGAUUCAGAGAAAUCUCCGUAAGCUACUUGAAGAGACCUGACUUAAGGACCCGUUGGUCGCCUCGCUGGACGGAAGUGGCGCCUUCAUAAAACGCUGGUGAAAACACUGCAGAUCUGAUCGGCAAUCUGUUACCAAAUAACAGACUGCCACUUUGGAAAAGAGACCAUUUCUUAAUUGUGCAAUAGCAGUAUCUUCCUUCUCUUUCUACUCAGGACAAAACCCAUUAUUUUGUGUCUGAUAGCAUGCCAGAGUAAUCAAGACAUUUCAGCAACUGUAGCUAGUUUGGGCUGAAUCCUAACUUGAAACUCACGCGCUUAAUAACGCAGAAUUCUGCUUUUAGGGGCAAUCUGCAGUUGCUACAUUCAUUUUGGACUGAAUUAAUUAUAUUUUUCAAGAAUCAAUGGGUACAUAACUUUAUAAGUGUUUCAUGAGCUUAGUUCAACUGUUGUACCCCACCAGAACCCAAAAUAUAAGCUUGUUUUAC